AUGAAGGUCGCUAUCCUCUUGUUGAUCUGUGUGUCCUCCGCACUGGGAACAUACAAUGUACCAACCGUAAACACACGAACCGUCGUCGCCAACCCUAUAAGCCAUGGAGUUUUUCCCGGCCACACAUCAUACUCAACCGCACCAACAACGUACCAUGACGGCGGCUAUGCUAGCCAACACGGUUACGGCAGUCUUAAUGGCUUUGUCGCUAAUAUAUACGCAUCAUACUCCCAUGGCAUGUCAGCUGCACCAUCUUACGCAUCAUACGGCACCUUUGCUGCACCAUCUUACGCAUCAUACGGCAACAUUGCUGCACCAUCUUACGCAUCAUACUCCCAUGGCAUGUCAGCUGCACCAUCUUACGCAUCAUACGGCACCAUUGCUGCACCAUCUUACGCAUCAUACGGCAACAUUGCUGCACCAUCUUACGCAUCAUACUCCCAUGGCAUGUCAGCUGCACCAUCUUACGCAUCAUACGGCACCAUUGCUGCACCAUCUUACGCAUCAUACUCCCAUGGCAUGUCAGCUGCACCAUCUUACGCAUCAUACGGCACCAUUGCUGCACCAUCUGGCAACAGUUUUUACUCCUCUGCACCAGCUAUUGCAGGUGGCGCCGGAUUCGCAGCUGGCCCCGCACUUGCAGCUGGCCCCGCACUUGCAGGUGGCGCUGGAUUCGCAGGUGGCGCCGGAUUCGAACUAAUCGGAGAUUACGCAGCUGGCCCCGGAUUCAUGACGGGAUAUAACUCCCCUGCUGUAUAUUCGGCUGGUGCUGGUGUGUUUAAUGCUGGCCAACAAGGAAUUGUGAGAACUAUUCUAGUGUAG